CCUCUCGACUCUCCGAGGCGGGCUGGAGGCGGAGGCUGGUGGAGACACCGCCUGGGCAACAGCGAGGGGGAGGGAGGAGCGGAGAGAGGGAGGGAGUCGUGGUCUGGGGCCGGCUUCUCCCUCUUUCCCUUGCAGCGCCGUCAUGGCUGCCGCUCUCCGUGCUGGCGCCUCCUCUCACGCCGCCCGCCUGGCUCUGCUGCUCGGCUGCCUCGUCUGGUGCGGGGCGCCCGCGCUGGCUGACGAGACGGAGGCGGCGAAGGAAGGGACAGGGACGGAGGUGGCGGCAGACGACAAGACGGACCCCCACGCGCGGCACCUCUACAGCGCCGAGAUGCUGCGCCAUGGCGCCCAGAACGCACCGCACUUCGUCAUGUUCUUCGCCCCGUGGUGCGGGCACUGUCAGCGUCUUCAGCCAACUUGGAAUGAACUUGCAGAUAAGUACAAUAACAUGGAAAAUCCACAGGCCUAUGUUGUGAAAGUGGAUUGCACUACAGAUACUCCACUCUGUUCUGAAUUUGGUGUCAGAGGAUACCCAACCCUAAAACUUCUGAGACCAGGCCAAGAAGCCGCAAAAUACCAGGGACCUAGAGACUUCCAGUCACUGGAGAACUGGAUGUUGCAGACACUAAAUGAGGAAUCUGCUGAACAAGAAUCUGAAUUGGAGCCUCCAAAAGCCCCUGAAUCAAAACAGGGCCUGUAUGAGCUCACGGCUGCUAAUUUCAAAAUGCAUGUAGCAGAAGGCAAUCACUUUAUCAAAUUCUUUGCCCCUUGGUGUGGCCAUUGCAAGGCAUUGGCUCCAACCUGGGAACAGCUGGGUCUGCUUCUUGAAAAUUCUGAAACUGUCAAGAUUGGCAAGGUGGACUGCACACAACAUAAUGAAAUCUGCUCAGCAAACCAAGUGCGUGGCUAUCCAACCCUCCUUUGGUUUAGAGAUGGAGAAAAGGCCGACCAGUAUAAAGGAAAGAGAGAUUUAGACUCCUUAAAGGAAUAUAUUGAUUCUCAGCUUAAAAACUCCAAAGAAGAUCCAGAUGAUCCUAAGCCGACCGAACCCCCAUUACCGCCUAUUGAAGUAGCUUCUGAAGAAGAGGGCAAGGUCCUUUCCCUCUCUGAAAAAGACUUUGAUCAACAUGUUUCUAAAGGGAUUACCUUCAUCAAAUUCUAUGCUCCAUGGUGUAGUCACUGUAAAAACCUGGCUCCCACUUGGGAGAACCUCUCAAAAAAGAACUUUCCAGUCCCAGUGGAUGUCAAGAUAGCAGAAGUAGACUGUACCACUGAACGCAAUGUCUGCAAUAGAUUUUCUGUGCGUGGCUACCCAACACUGAUGCUUUUCCGUGGUGGGGAAAAAGUGACCGAACACACUGGAGCAAGAGAUCUUGAUACACUUCAUAACUUUGUCCUGCGACAAGCAAAGGAUGAACUGUAAAAACAAACUUAUUGGGAUACUUCUGCCCUAGCUGUGUCCAGCCCAUUAAAUAUCGUGGGCAUGUUACUGGUUUUCCAAUAGUGGUUAUUUGGGAAACUGAAUGUACUAAAGCGUGGUAUCUUCUGUGCGUGUGUUUGUGUGUCCUAAAGCCUCACUGUGCUGGCCUUGAGGGUAGCUUACAACAAGUAGUCACUGUUCAGAUUGGGAAUAUAUUCAGUACUGGUUUUAUUAAUGAACUUCCUUUUGUCCUAGGAUGAAAAAGUAAAUGUUCUUUUGAGACUAAAAUAAGUGAGGAAAAGUUAAAAUUAUGGGGCAUGGUAAAUGAAAUUAUCUGCAGGUUAAACAAGUUAAAAAGCCUAACAAGUGUGUACAGCUUACAAGACCUGCACAUCAUGAUCUUAUUUUGUUUCACUGGUACAGCUCUAGUUUUAAAGCCAUUUCAUGUAGAUAGCUCGUUUAAAAAAAAAAAAAGUUAAAAGGAAGUUCAAAAAGAAAACACACGAACACACACUCUUUGGGAAGAUACCCUUGACUACUUUUGGAUGCUUGAUUCCUGUUCUAGUUUUCUCUCAUCAUGAGAGAUGUACAAAUCAUGGUACUCUAGUGUGUGCCUGGAGGUUAUCAAACCAUGGUAUUUGUCAGGUAGUUUUUGACAACUUGAAAGAACAGCCCUGUUCAGUCACUUGCAAGGAGAUUUGACCCCCUUCAUGCAGAAACAGUGUUCUUUUCAGUAAUCAGACAACCCUUUAAAGAUCUGGGUUAUGCUUCUUAUUUCCCUGCUUGGAACAGUAACUAGAGUCAUAUUAUUUUGAAUUACAUCAGGAUCUGUGGCUCAUCACUCACUAAUGAGCUGCUGAAUGAAAUACCUACUUUUUCAAAUGCUAUUCCCAAGUAAAACAAAGGAAACAAACUUACCUACAAAAUCCUUCCAAGUGAUCUGUAGUUUUGAGCAGAUUCUCUGCCUCUCCCUCUCACCCCUUUUAGUUUAGUCUCACCCCGUUUAGUUUAGUCACCCCUCACCCCAAGCAUAUGCUCCCUCACCCCUUUUAGUUUAGUCUCACCCCGUUCAGUUUAGUAUUCCAUGUGAGAGAUAGUAUCAAAGCCAAAGAAUUUCUAGUGCAGGUGAUAGAAGCUGAAUCUAAAGUAGCAAACUAGAUGCUAAACUUUUUUUCUAGUUUGUAUAAAAACGUUUAUUGCCAUUUGGAAGAAAAGCUGCAGGUUCGAAUGUAUGCAAAUACUGGCUGUCAUACUGUACAACGUUAUGCACACAGUGGAACAUAACAUUUUUGCAAGUGUAAAAAUGUCACAGAGUUGCGCAACAGUGAAACCAUUUUAUAUAAUAGCUUCACUGUCGUCAUAUACUGCAGUACAGUAUGUCAGCCACUAAUUCGUAGAAAUAUGUUAUUGCCAUGUGUCUGUCUCAGAUGGAAAGAUGCAGCUUUUAUUAGCCAUGUCUUCUAGGCCUGUGGGUUAGAAUGUCCAAUUCCAAUAAACAUGUACAACCAUCUUUGGUGCCACAUGGAGGUGGGCAUUCUCAGUGCAGCCAGUUCCAUACAGUUACCUGCCAUUUCUGGCACCAGGGAAGCCUCUUCUACAGAACUGGAGCCCACGGGGAUGUCAGGAAGGUGCACAGGGACAGCGGGGAAGUGGAAUUCCUCUCAGCACUUUCCCCUUGGGAAACCUGAUGGCCCCCUCUCCCACUGCUAGAAAUGGCCAUACUGUGCUGUAUGCCAGGUGGCUUUGAUAAGUGGUGGUAUACAUUUAUCAGAAUUGGACAUUCCAUUACACAGGCCAAAUGUCUCCAUUUUAUUCUGCACUGUAACAUGUCUUUUCUGUCAAAGACCAGGGAGUUUGUCCAACACAAAUUGGGGGGGGGGGUGGGACCCAAGGAAGGUGAGAAGUCUCCCGAAAGGGCUCAUAGCAUAUGGCAGAUGUACCAGAGCCACACACAAGUCUCUGCCUUAAAGGGAGCCUUUAUUCGUGAUGACUUUUAAACCUUCUACUGAAGCACAAUCUCAUGAGCAGGCUGAGCUUUGACUCAUGAGCUUCUUGUACAAAAUCAAGUGGUACAAUUGUUUACACACAUACUUUCUGAAUAAAAUCUUUUUUUAAAAAAAAA